AUGGCCGAUAAUGAUAACACGGACGAGGUUAUCACCAUCGAUUCAGAUAAUGAUGACUUGGAGGUGACGCACUAUUCAACGCCAGUCGCGAGAAACAGGCUUUCCAGCAUCAAACAUGAAAAUGCUACGCCGGUCAAAUCUGAACCGACGCGUACUUUGCUUUCCGGUUCAUCUAGCGCUGUAAAAGUCCAACCAGUGGACAGCGAUGAGGACGACGUCAAUGCUGGCGAGCUAGCGUAUAAGAAGUUCAAAGAACGCAAAACGCUCAAGCGCAAACAGACUGCAGCGGCUACUCGCAAGGUAAAAAUGCCCAGGGGAGAUGCGAUCGUUGGUCGAAUUAAGCUAGAGCGGCCAACGCCUCACCCCAAACGACCGUUGAAACAAUGGGGUGAACUUUCUUCGGAGGAUGAGUUGAUGGAACACACUCUCCCCGCAUAUCUCAAGACUCGUCGGACACAGUUUGAUCGGAAGCAUGAGCAGCUGAAAGAACAUGGGCUGAAACUCCCACCGACUUACGAGGAUGUGGACGUUUCCGAUGACGAACGAUUGGAAAAGCUUCAAGAACGGCCUGUCUUUCCGGAUGCUCCCCGACAGCAGGAGUACAAGGACAUCCAGCUUCCAUAUUCUUUGGGCAUCAUUCCUGCGCCGAUCGCCCAGUGGCUACGGCAGUAUCAAGUGGAGGGAGUCGCGUUCCUGCACGAGCUGUUUGUAUAUCAAAAGGGCGGUGUCCUUGGAGAUGACAUGGGUCUCGGCAAGACCAUUCAGGUGAUUGCAUUUUUGACUGCCGCCUAUGGAAAGACAGGCGACGAACGGGACGCAAAGCGCAUGCGAAAGAUGCGCAGAUCGGAUGAGAAUGCUUGGUACCCACGCACGCUCAUCGUGUGUCCAGGUACCCUUAUCGCAAACUGGAAGGCCGAGUUUGCGCGCUGGGGAUGGUGGCAUGUCGAUAGCUACCACGGCGACAACAAGGAUCUCGCUCUCGAUGCGGCAAAGUCAGGGAGGGUGGAGAUCUUGAUCACGACCUAUACCACAUACAUGAACAACAAAGACGCCGUCAAUAUGAUUGAAUGGGACUGCGUGAUAGCCGAUGAGUGCCACAAAAUCAAGGAACGCAAAUCGGGAACCACCCAGUCCAUGAACGAGAUUAAUGCAUUAUGUCGAAUCGGGCUUACUGGCACAGCCAUCCAGAACAAAUAUGAAGAGCUAUGGACUCUUCUUAACUGGACAAACCCGGGUGUCCUGGGCCCGGUAACCACCUGGAAGGCGCAAAUAUCGGAGCCUUUGAAGAUUGGACAAUCCCACGAUGCUACGCUGAGCGAGCUGAGCAGAGCACGCAGAACAGCCAAGAAGCUGGUCGAGAACCUCCUUCCACAAUUCUUCAUCAGGAGGAUGAAGUCUCUGAUCGCAGAUCAACUGCCCAAAAAGAGCGACCGUGUUGUCUUCUGCCCUCUGACCGAGACACAGGCCGAGGCCUACGAGAACUUUCUCGAUAGUGAUAUCGUUGAAUACAUCAAGGGUUCCACGGAUCUCUGUGACUGUGGAUCGGGGAAGAAAGCCGGAUGGUGUUGUCGUCGUCUCAUCCCCGGUCGAGACCCUGCAAAUUGGCAAGCCUAUGUGUUCCCUGCUAUCACUGUGCUCCAGAAGCUCAGUAAUCACCUCGCAAUCUUGAUUCCACAGGGGGUAGACCCCAAAGAGAAGCAGGAGAAAAACAAGGAUUGGCUGGAGCUUGCGCUACCUGACAAGUGGGAAGAUCUAUACCGCUCGCGUGACUCGAUCGUCAACUACGCGAAUCCUGAGUUCUGUGGUAAGUGGAAAGUACUGCGCAAGCUACUCAAGUGGUGGCACUCGAAUGGAGACAAAGUACUUGUCUUCUCGCACAGCGUGCGGCUUCUGAAGAUGCUGCAAAUGUUGUUCCAUCACACCAGCUACAACGUCAGCUACCUAGACGGAUCCAUGAGUUACGAAGACCGCGCCAAAGCCGUCGACGAGUUCAACGCCGAUCCACGACAGUUCGUCUUCCUCAUAUCGACCAAGGCGGGCGGUGUCGGGCUGAACAUCACCUCAGCAAACAAGGUGGUAGUAGUAGACCCCAACUGGAACCCAUCCUACGACCUCCAAGCCCAAGACCGAGCCUACCGCAUCGGCCAACACCGCGACGUGGAAGUCUUCCGACUAAUCUCCGCCGGCACAAUCGAAGAAAUCGUCUACGCCCGCCAAAUCUACAAACAACAACAAGCCAACAUCGGCUACAACGCCAGCUCCGAACGCCGCUACUUCAAAGGCGUCCAAGAAAAGAAAGACCAAAAGGGCGAGAUCUUCGGUCUGAAGAAUUUCUUCGGCUACCAAAACACCAACACCGUCCUCCGCGACAUCGUCAACAGAACCAACGUCGCCGAAAGCCGCGCAGGCGUCCAAGUCGCCGACAUAGACCUCAACCCAGAAGACGAAACCCACGACUACACAGACCGACCCAUGAAAUCCGAAGACGAGGCCAUAAGCCAACUCGCCGCCAUGAUCUGCGGCGACGACGACAACCACAAACCUGCAGCUACCCUCCCCACGCCACACAAACACGAUCCCGUGCAGGCGAUUCUCGCCGGCGCCGGCGUGGAAUACACUCAUCUCAACAAUGAGGUUAUUGGGUCCUCGCGUGUCGAGGAGGAUCUCAGUCGGCGCGCGGAACUGGCUCCCAAUGAUACGGCGGGUGACAGGCAGGUUUUCAUGUCGUCGCAGCCUGUCUCUCAGACGGCCGAGUCACAGGUGCAGUUUAGGUAUCAUCCGCCGGAGGAUGUUAUGCGGAGGCAGUUCUGUAGUAUGGCGCGUUGGUUUGGGUUUCCUAAUGCUACGGAGUUUGCGCUCGUUGUUGAGGGUAUGACGCAGGCGCAAAGGAGGGCUUAUCUUGAGAGGUGGUACCGGGAGAGGAGGGAGAAGGUGCUCUCUGUUGGUGUGGUUAAGGAUGAAGUGCCUAAGGAGGAGAUGGAUAUUAAGAAGGACAUUAAGGAGGAUAGCAAGGAGGAUAUCAAGGAGGACAUUAAG